AUGGGGGCCCGUGGUGCUGUGACCGACGCCAACACCUCGUCCAGCCUUGAGAGCAACACCACGGGCAUCACGGCCUUCUCCAUGCCCGGCUGGCAGCUGGCCCUGUGGGCCACCGCCUACCUGGCCCUGGUGUUGGUGGCCGUGACGGGCAAUGCCACGGUCAUCUGGAUCAUCCUGGCCCAUCAGAGAAUGCGCACAGUCACCAACUACUUCAUUGUCAACCUGGCCCUGGCUGACCUCUGCAUGGCCGCCUUCAACGCCACCUUCAAUUUCGUCUACGCGAGCCACAACAUCUGGUACUUCGGCCGUGCCUUCUGCUACUUCCAGAACCUCUUCCCCAUCACGGCCACGUUCGUCAGCAUCUACUCCAUGACCGCCAUCGCCAUUGACAGGUACGUGGCCAUCGUCCACCCCUUCCGGCCGCGGCUCUCGGCCCCCCACACCAGAGCGGUGAUUGUGGGCAUCUGGCUGCUGGCCCUGGCCCUCGCCUUCCCCCAGUGCUUCUACUCCGCCGUCACCACGGACCAGGGCACCACCAAGUGUGCGGUGGUCUGGCCCAAAGACAACGGCAGCAAGAUGCUCCUUCUGUACCACCUCGUGGUGAUCGCCCUCAUCUACGUGCUGCCUCUCGUGGUGAUGCUCCUCGCCUACAGUGUCAUCGGCCUCACGCUUUGGAGACGCGAGGUUCCCAGGCACCAGGUGCACUGCGCCAGCCUGCGCCCCCUGCGGGCCAAGAGGAAGUUCGUGAAGACCAUGGUGCUGGUGGUGGUGACGUUUGCCAUCUGCUGGCUGCCCUACCACUUCUACUUCAUCCUGGGCAGCUUCCAGGAGGACAUCUACUACCACAAGUUCAUCCAGCAGGUGUACCUGGCGCUCUUCUGGCUGGCCAUGAGCUCCACCAUGUACAAUCCCAUCAUCUACUGCUGCCUCAACCACAGGUUUCGCUCUGGAUUCCGGCUUGCUUUCCGUUGCUGCCCGUGGGUCACACCGACUGAGGAAGAUAAGAUUGGGCUGACUCACACUCCAUCCCUUUCUAGGAGGGUCAACAGGUGUCACACUAAAGAGACUUCUUUCAUGGCUGGGGAUACUGCCCCCUCUCAGGCUACCAAUGGGCAGGCCAGGGGUCCCCAAGAUGGGGUACCUACUGAACCCUGAAGCCUUGUGCCUGGCACCCUUGGAGGAGUAGCCAGUUGAGAGGUCCAGAUCUAGAAGUUUGACCCAUGCCCCAGGCUUCAGUACAUCAAUGGAAAAACAAGAUGGGGCCAGGAGCUCUGCAAGUGGAUGCUAACUCUAAGAGGGCCCAGCCGCCCCUCUGACAGGGCUUCACAGCAACAAGAGUCCAAGAAGAGAGUGUGAGCUAACACUUAUCUCAUCCAGGAGUCACAAGCAGGGAUGGCUUCCUGGGGCAUACAACCUGAUGAGUGCCUUCCAGCGUUGGGGGUAACAGGCAACGGGAGGAAGAGGAGGGCGUACGCAUCCAAAGGGGACAGCAGCUGACCAGCUCUGGACAAAUGUCAUGAGUUAAUGGGCGCCCCCCAUUGUCAGAUCUUACGGAUCUUUCAAGACACGACGGAAAUCCAAAUUUGUGAGACUUCCAGACUUGUUCCAUUUGGCUCACAUUUUUAUAAAUAUUGGUUAGACCAAACAGAACACACCUGGGGACAGCACCCAACCAUGGUACUGAUUUAUUAUCAGGCUAAAGACCCAGGGAGGGAGCUUCUUAUUUUGCAAAGCCCAUCACCUGUGAGUCGACCCGGGGCUUCUGUGCUUCGGCAUCUAACUCAGACCCAGCUCAGUGCCCACCGUGGGUAAGAGUCAAAAGGAGCCGCGGCUGUGUUGCCUCGGACAAGUCCCUCUUACCCUCCGCCUCUUCUUCUCCCAGUGACAAAACUGCCUCACAGGGAUGCUGGGAGGAAGACUGAAGUGAGGCCUCUAAACUAGCGUCAAGUGCUGAAUAACCAGCAGGCAUGAUUCUUAUCCCCGCCAAGCCGGCCGUGUUAUGCGGACACCUCCAGGACACGAGCAGCGGGGGUCACGCUCACUCUGGCAGCGGGCAGGGGGCGGGCAGGGAACGCCAAGCAUCUCGACUCCCGGAGAGCUCUGGGCCUGGCCCGGUGCACCGCAAGGACACCCUUCUCCCUGACCGCUGCCUCACCCUGUGCGCCCCAUUUGCCCCUCCAGAAGAACCACGUGACACUAUAAAUGUACGGCAAGAGGGGCGUCUGCCUUCGGCUCGGGUCAUGAUCCCAGGGUCCUGGGA